AUGCAGACCGAAAAGCCUCAAGAUGAAAGCACCGCAGCAAAAGCACCAGACGGUGGCUUUCGAGCCUGGCUACACGUCGCUCUGUGUCACACCGUCUUCCUGAACACCUGGGGCCUGACGAACAGCUACGGCAUCUUCCAGCAAUACUACACUCGAGCCCUCAACCGCAGCCAGGACGACAUCGGCUGGAUUGGGGGCAUCCAGAUGUUCCUCCUUCUCUUCGCCGGCGUCUUCUCCGGCCGCCUCACAGACGCGGGCUAUUUCAAACCCUGCCUCAUCACCGGCGUCACACUGCAAGUGUUUGGUCUGUGCAUGGCCUCCAUCUCAACCCGCUUCUACCAGAUCCUCCUCAGUCAAGCCGUCUGCGUCGGCCUAGGAAGCGGCCUCAUCUUCACCCCAGGCCUCUCAGUAAUGGGCUCCUACUUCCACAAGAAGCGCCCUAUCGCCGUUGGACUCGCUGCCGCCGGCGCCGCAACAGGCGGGAUCCUAUACCCAGCCACAGCGAACGCCCUCCUUACACAUACCUCCAUCGGAUACGGCUGGACAAUGCGCAUCCUGGCGCUCAUCCUGCUCAUAAUCCACAUUCCAUCGGUAAUUGCAUACAGCCCGUACCUCCCGCCGCGCCCCACAGGCCCUGUAAUCGAAUGGACGGCCUUUCGCGAAAAGCCCUUCCUCUUUUUCACGGCCGCCAUGUUCCUCAACUUCUGGGGCCUCUACAUGGCCUUCUACUACCUGGGCACAUUUGCAAGGGAACAGGUCCAUCUAUCUGGCUCCUCGGACUCGAUUAACCUGCUUAUUGUGCUUAAUGCGGUUGGGAUCGUGGGGCGCAGUGCACCCGGGUUUAUAGCGGAGCGGUACACGGGGAUAACCAACAUUACGCUCUUCAUCUCGCUGGUCUCUGCGGUCUGCGUGUAUUCCUGGGCCGGGAUUCGGGAGAAUGACGCGGCGGGAUUGUAUGUGUGGACGGUUAUAUAUGGGCUGUUUGCGGGAGCUGCGCAGGCUCUUUUCCCGGCUAUGGCGACGAGGCAGACGGAUGAUUUGAGGAAGGUGGGGACGCGGACGGGCAUGGUGAUGACGAUUGUGAGCUUUUCGUGCUUGACGGCGCCGGCGAUCCAGGGGGCGUUGAUUGGGGCUGAUGGGGGGAGGUAUCUGGGGGCGCAGAUGUUUUCUGGGAGUGCGAUUCUGGUGGGAAUGGGCUGUUUGGGGGUUUAUCGGGGGUGUAAGGCUGGUUGGGGGGUGGUGAAGGUUUAA